AUGAGCUUCCCGCACGACACUGAGCGCACGGGAAGGAGGUGGGUGCGGCGCUGCGGCCGCGCGUUCACGGCCGAGCUGCUCGGUACGGCGCUGCUCGUGUGGCUCGGUUGCGCCGCGCUGCUGCCGCUAACGGGGCCCGUGCCGCUGUCUUGUCCCGCGCUCGCCUUCGGCUGCGCGGUGCUGGCCAACGUCAGCGCGUUCAGCGAGGCGUCGGGCGCGCACAUGAACCCCGCCCUGACCCUGGGGGCGGUCCUGUGCAGGCGCCUGAGCCUACCCAUGGCGUUGGUCUAUGUGGUGGCGCAGCUGCUGGGCGCGACGCUCGGCUACUACGGGCUGCUGGCCACGUCGCCAGCGCUCUUGACGGCGGGCUUGGGGGUCACGUUGCCGGGCGUGGGCGUGUCGCCGCUAUCCGCCAUGUUUAUAGAGGUCGUCAUUACCGGCGUGCUGAUGCUGACGGUGUGCAGCGUGUGGGCGGCGGAGUCGGUGCAGCGCGAUCCGACCGCUCCGCUCAAAAUCGCGCUAGUCGUCGCCGGGCUCAACUACGCAGCGAGCCCCGCGACCGGCGCCGCCCUCAACCCUGCCAGAAGUUUCGCUCCUGCGUUUAUGCAGGGCGUAUGGACGCAUCACUGGGUGUACUGGGCCGGGCCGCUGCUGGGCGCCGCGCUGGCGGUGCUGCUGUACCGCGCCGUGCUGACGUCACAGGGCUUCGAGCACGCCGCCACGCAAAUCUAG